UAAUGUUUUGGCCUAGCUUUGAAUGAUUUUCUCAUUUCUAUGUUUCUGUGUUUGUGCCUCUCGUUUGUAAAUAUACAAAUAAAAUAGAGUGGAAAUAUUCAAAAUGAAUCGAAAACAGAGACGAAUUUUGUUUCCCUUGCCCCUUGAUAGUUGGUGACAACCUUUUACGUCCAAGAGGAAAUAAACGCCAACAAGUUUGUCUUCCAGAUUAUUCAUUAAAAAGUACACACACAACCAAGCCUUUGCUCAUUACCUACCCCCUUCAAAUAAUAGAAAAUGAAUAUGAUUUGAUACAGACCGUGAUUGGAGACGGAGAAAAAAAUAACAUGACGAUAAAAAGAGAAAAGGUUUAGAAAUAGAUUCUGUUUUAAUGAAUCUGUUCUUUAGAAAGCUUCCAGGUCCUUAGAAGGAAGUAUAGGCAAGAGAUACGGCUGACAUUCAAUGCUCGAUUUGGUUCAGCGGCACAGAACCGAUUUUACAAGCGUACAAAACCAGAAAGAACUCGUGAGUGAACGAAGAAGGCAGAGGAUAACAACACAGAAGAUACAAUUCCUCUUAAAAGGCCAAUCCCAGCAACUCCAAACGACUCACUCUCCUUUCUGCUCGCAGGCUGCUCAGAGUCCGUGUGGAGUACGUGGAAACCAAUAGGAUGAGGGUUCCGUAAUAGAUGCAAAUGAUCCAGAAAAGACACUGCGAAAUAUGAACAAACUCAUUUGCUCCGAAGUAAAUCACGGAAAACUGUUUAUGAACUGGCACCUCUCCUUGGAAAUGUAAAGCGAGCGACUCUUUCUUUUCUUUUCUUUUUUUUGUUGUUGUUGUUUUGUUUAAGUGCCGAUUUUUUCCUCAAAAAGGGGGGGUUGAAGAAGGAGGAGGGGGUGAAGAAGAAAAAGGAGAAGAGAGAGACAGGCAGGCAGGCAGAGAGGGAGAGAGAGAAAAGAGAGAAAGGAAUAAUAAUAACAACAACAACAAUCACAACAACAACAACAACAACAAUAAAAAAGCGAGGAAUCCGAGACCAUGUCCUGUGGCAAAGCGUUUUGACUCAAUCCUCUGGAUUUUUUUUUUGAAAAAAUCUAUGUCUAUCUUUAUAUAUUCCUGGAAACCUCCAAGACUCGUGGGUUAGCAUCUCAUCGCUUUCAUCUUGAUUUUGUGGCUAAUUUCGAGGGCUUGGAGAGAUCUAUUUUACCUUCAAGCUGACUCUUUAGACUGAAAAAUCUCUUUGGAUUUGGAGAGAUCUCCCUUACCUUCAAGCUCUGACCCUCUCUGUUGAAAGUCUCUCUCUUUUCCGGGGUGUUUGGAGAGAUCUACUUUACCUUCAAGCUGACUCUUUAGACUGAAAAUCUCUUUCUUUCCUGUGGAUUUGGAGAGAUCUUCCUUCCCUUCAAGCUCUAACUCUCUCUAUUGAAAGUCUCCCUCUUUUCCAGUGGGUUUGGAGAGAUCUCCCUUACCUUCAAGCUCUGACUCUCUCCCUUGAAAGUCUCUCGCCUUUCCGGUGGGUUUGGAGAGAUCUACUCUACCUUCAAGCUGACUCUUUAGACUGAAAAUCUGUCUCUUUCCGGUGGGUUUGGAGAGAUCUUUCUUCCCUUCAAACUCUGACUCCUUUUCUCUCUCUCUUUCCGGUGGCUUUGGAGGGAUCUGCCCUACCUUCCAGCCCUGACCCUAUCUAAGCCUCUCCCGCCCUCUCUCUUUCUCUCUCCAUCGCUCCUUCUCCCGGCUCUUCCUAUGACCAUGAGCUCCUACUUCGUCAACUCCCUCUUCUCCAAGUACAAAGCCGGCGACUCCUUGCGCCCCAACUUCUACGACUGCGGCUUCGCGCAGGAGCUGGGCGGCAGACCCACGGUGGUGUACGGGCCCAGCGCCGGGGGCAGCUUCCAGCACCCCACGCAGAUCCAGGACUUCUACCACGGCGCCGCCUCCACGCUCUCGGGCGCCUCGUACCAGCAGAACCCCUGCGCCGUCGCCUGCCACGGCGACCCGGGCAACUUCUACGGCUACGACCCUUUGCAGAGGCAGAGCCUCUUCGGCGCCCAGGACGCCGACCUGGUCCAGUACCCGGACUGCAAGCUCGCCUCCAGCGGCGCCCUGAGCGAGGACGCCGACAACGCCGAGCAGAGCCCCUCGCCCACGCAGCUCUUCCCCUGGAUGAGACCCCAAGCAGCCGCCGGACGGAGGAGAGGCAGGCAGACCUACAGCCGCUACCAGACCCUGGAGCUGGAGAAGGAGUUCCUCUUCAACCCGUACCUGACCCGCAAGCGGAGGAUCGAGGUCUCGCACGCGCUGGGACUGACCGAAAGGCAAGUCAAAAUCUGGUUUCAGAACAGGCGGAUGAAGUGGAAAAAGGAGAACAACAAAGAUAAGUUCCCGAGCAGCAAAUGCGAACAGGAAGAGCUGGAGAAACAGAAAAUGGAAAGGGCGCAGGAGGUGGAAGAGGGCGGAGAAGCACAGCCCGGGGACAAGAAGUAGGAGCUGGACGGAUGGACAGGCAAGCCGCCCCCCUCCCCAGCAAGCCCGCUGGCCACUUGGCCGGAGAGGUGGUCCGUGGCUGGGACUGGGGGGCACCGACCCUCCUAAGGGCCUGGGGAAAGCUUCCCCUUCAUUGCUGUAAAACAAUAUAGCUGUGAGCGUCUUCUUCUCCUGGUUGUCCUUUGAUACAUACCAUGAACUAUAUCUAUAUUUAAAACGGGGGGAGGGGCAGGGGAUCAGAGAAAGGGAGGGGGAAAAGAAGAGAGAUCCUAGGGUCUUUUUAGACUUGUUAUUUUUUUUUGUUUUCUCGCCAGUAAAAAAAAUUAAAUAAAAAUUAGUCCUAGUGAAAUGCAAUAGCUUCUGUUAACCAUGACUGUGAAAAUUCUCCCCCCUCCCCCUGCCUUCUUGUUUUAUCCUUCACGCUCCCCUCCCUCUUUUAUCUGGGAUGUGGGACAGGCUUUCAGUGUGUUCUGGAAGGCUUUCAUGGCCGGAAUCACUGGGUUGCUGUGAGUUUUCCGGGCUGUAUAGCCAUGUUCCAGAAGCAUUCUCUCCUGAUGUUUGGACCACAUCUAUGACAGGCAUCCUCAGAGGUUGUGAGGUUUGUGGAAUGUCCAGGGUAGGAGAAAGAACUCUUCUCUGUUUGAGGCAAGUGUGGAUGUUGCAAUUAAUCACCUUAAUUAGUAUUGAAAAGCCUUACAGCAGGGCUAUACAGCAAAACUCACAUCAACCCAGGCUCUCAGUACUGUAGGAAUUAUGUCAAAAUAAUAUCCUGCAACACUUAAUACUGGGUUGAUGUGGGUUUUCCGGGCUGUUUGGCCAUGCUCCAGAAGCAUUUUCUCCUAACGUUUCACCAACAUCUAUGGCAGGCAUCAUAAGAGGUUACGAGAUAUAUUGGAAAUAGACAGGUGGGGUUUAUAUAUCUAUGCAAGAGAAGCCUUCAAUAGCAGAGCACUUGAUGAACCAACCUGGACACAGCAUAUUAUUUGAGAAUAAUAAUACAGAAAUGCUGGACCACUCUAAAAACACUAUGUCAGACUACACAGAGAAGCCACUGAAAUCCACAAGCAUGUGGACAAUUUCAACAGAAAGGAGGAAACAAUGGAAAUGAACAAAAUGUGGCUACCAGUAUUUAAAAAACUCUAAAAUCAGGCCAGUAAAUGAAGAACAACACUCUGAAAACAGGGCAAUUUCAGACAUGAAACAAUCAGAGCCAGCUAACACUUCCCCAGGCAGGAAUCAGUCAGGCUUUGAAACUGCAAGGCUUUUCAAUUGUAAUCAAAUUGAUUGAUUGCAACAUUCCCACUUGACAAGAGUUCUUUCUCCCACCCUGGACCUUCCACAGAUAUAUAAAGCCCACUUGUAUAGUUUCCAAUAAACCUCGCAACCUAUGAGGAUACCUACUAUAGAUGUGGGCAAAACGUCAGGAGAGAAUGCUUCUGGGACAUGGCCAUACAGCCCGGAAAGCUCACAGCGACCCAGGCUGUCAGUGCUAUAGGAAUUAUGUCAAAAUGAUCUCCUGCAGUUUGGAAGGCUUCCCUUUUACUAUCUUUCUCUUCUCCCCACCCCUUUUCUUUCUCAUAUAAAUAUAUAUAGAAAAGAUGUGAAAAUGAUACCUAGUGCACUUUUGAAACCCAUCGCCCCCUCCUCAUGUUUACCCCCCCCCCCUUCUCUUCCCUUGUUGUGGUUAAUUAAACUCUUCCGGAGUUAGCUCUGAAAAACAAAACAAAAAAAAACACACCUGACAACAUGAAACUGCCUAUUUAUGCUGUAGUUGUCUCCACUUUUGUUUUGUUGUUGCUGUUGUUGAGUUCUGUUCCCAACUUUCGGGGUCUCUGUUUUGCUUUUUAUUCUUAAGGCGUUUGUCUUUCUGUGUGUAUCUCUAUCUUUAAAAGGCAAGGGGGGUGAUUUUAAAAGGGGUUUUCCCUCCCUCCUUCCUUCCCCCCACUCUCUUUUCCUCUCCUUUAGGUUAGCAUGCGCACAGUGGAAGAAGUUGUAAAAAGUGUUUCUUUCUUUCAACCCCCCACCUUUCCCCGCCCCCUGGGUUUUUUGGGUUCUUUUUCCCCUUUAGGUUUACUGUGAAAAAUAAUAAUAAUAAAAGAGAAUGUAUACUGUA